AUGGGACUGCCACUAUCGCAGCCACAGAGACGAGACGGCCGGACACAGCGAAGGGGACCUGGUGCUGCUGCUGCUGCUGCUGCUGCUGCUGCAAGGCGUGGCUACGAAGGUGCCUUCAAACGUGCUUCGUGCAGUUCUGGUCAGAUUGCGGCAAGCCGCAAGACGAGAAAGCAAGGUCAAGCCCGUAGAGGUCGGAGCGGUAAAGGUAGGCAGGCGGCCCGUUGA